GGCGGACUGCCAAACUCGACUCGGACGACAUUUGCGUCUGGCGUGGAGGAGGCGGGCCAGGGCGAAGCAGAAUUUUGUUUCAUCCUCCCCCUCCUCCUCCUCCUCCUCCUCCUCCCGCCACCCCGCUCGCAAUAUUCAAUGGUAGCCGACACCUACUACUACGACCUACUAGGCACAGACCCCAGCGCCUCACCUGCCGAGCUGAAAAAGGCCUACCGCAAAGCCUCCCUCGCCAAUCACCCGGACAAGAACCCAGGAGAUGAAGAGGCGUCAGCAAGGUUCCAGGAGAUUAAUGCGGCGUACGAAGUGCUGAGCGAUCCCUCCAGUCGGGCAUCGUACGACGAGUGGGGGCCGGAUGGGCCUGGUGGAGGGCCAGGAGGGGCAGGAGGAGGACCGGAUAUGGAUGAUCUUUUCGCGCAGAUGUUUGGCGGGGGAAUGGGAAUGGGCGGCGCCGGCAUGGGAGGCAUGGGAGGCAGGGGUGGACCACGCCGUAAACCCCCUCGCGGCGAAGACUCCAUUAUAGACUACGACGUCACCCUCUCCGACCUCUACCUGGGGCGAGUCGCCAACUUCAACCUGAGCAAGCAGAUCAUCUGCCCCUCCUGCUCAGGCUCGGGAGGCAAACCCGGCACGCAACCGCGGGAGUGCGUCAAGUGCAAGGGGCAAGGACGAUGUCAGCAGAUGCGCUCCAUGGGAGGAGGGAUGAUCGCGCAGAGCUGGGCAGUGUGCGACGCCUGUGCCGGUGAGGGCUCCAAAGUACGGGACAAGGAUGUGUGCCGUAAGUGCAAGGGAGGCAAGACGAUCAAGGAUCGGCAGAAGUUGGAGCUACGCAUCGAGCGCGGUAUGGUGGAUGGACAGACGAUUAUCUUCAAAGGACAGAAUGACGAGGAGCCAGGCGUGCCACAGGCGGGAGAUAUCAUCUUCCGGCUCAAGCUGCAGGAGAACGAGGCGUUCCAAGUCAAGGGGCUCGACCUCAUGACAACCAUUACCCUCCCGCUAAGGGAGGCACUGCUGGGUUUCGAGGAGCCGCAGACGGUGCUUGUCCACCUGGACGGGAGACACGUACAGCUCUCCAAGCCGGGUGGUAAGGUCACGCGACCAGGCAGCGUGGAUCGACUUGUGGGGCAGGGCAUGCCCCGUGAGCGAGACUUGGGACCACGCGGGGACCUCUACAUCAAGUGGGCCAUCGCUUUCCCCGCGGAUGGCUGGCUCGAGGGGAGAGGAGAGGCACACAGGGCACUCAGUAGUGUUUUGCCACCGCCAAUGGGGUGUCCGGCGCAAUAGAAGAAGGCACAUGCGAAGAUUGUGCACGGCAAAAUGCUGCUACUACCACUCCACGAUUAAGAUUGGCGCGACGACUACGACUACGACUUCUCCACCUCGAGCAAUCCGGGCGAAUGCGAGGGCAGGUCCUGCGCGAUC